CGGAUCUCCGUUAAGAGUCAUAUCUCGAAGCUGCAAUGCCACCGCGCAUAUCCAAAGGGAGGACAGCUCAUCUGCUGCUUUGCCAUGAACCACGUACGAGCACGAAAAAAAGGGCUGGAAAAUUUCCACUCUCCCCUCCAAAAACAAAUCCCCGUGGGAGAGAGGAUCGCCACCCCCUGGUUCAUUGCUCUUUGGAGCCAUCCACUGAUGUCCAUCACAUGUCACUGCCACGGCUGUAGACUGGGGGGGCACAGAGAUGCAGCAGGAGCUGGAGCUGGAGCCGGAGCCGGAGCUGGGCGAUCGAGCUGGAAGGAUUUUUCUGGCCCCCCCUGUCCUUUACUACUAUGUACAAACUGACAGGAUGCAAAUUCGUUCUACUACUAAGGGCCCAAAAGAAGGAGAUCCAACCGUUCCGUCACGAUCCAGAGCCUCUGCCCAGGGACCACCCCCGAUCCCGGCUCCGUUCCAUAUUCGGGCAACGAACCACAGUUCCUGCAGCCUUGCUACAUUACGUAGCAAGGGGUGGGGUGGGGUUGGCAUAUACCUGGACCAAACGUGUUGCCUACUGACUUUUUGCACGGGAUACCUGCGGCGCGCAUCGCAGCCAACGUGGAGUCGGCAUUGGAUUCUUGCUCAAACCCCGCGUCCACUCUUUCUGGUGGGUUCUUGUUCAUGGAUAUUCUGCUCCUGGUGCGUGUGUUUUGUGUGUGUGUGUGUGUGUGUGUUCCCUGGUCCAGCCCUCUCUCCGUGAGCGUGUUCGCGAGUGAUCAUCCUUCUCCACUAAUUAAUGUUUCCCCCUCUCAUUUCCGCGAUCCCCUCUGUCGAUGGUCAGAGACAUGACUCCUCGGAGGAGAAAAGAAGACCCCCGCUCCAAAU